CAAGCCCAACUCCACAAACCUUUUUCUUUCUCAUUUUCCUUGAAUCCAAACACAUAACCUGGAAAAGUAUGGCUCUGGAAGCUGUUCCAGCAACCCCCAGAUCAAUUGAUUCACCUUCAAGCCCUAGGAUUUCAUUCUCUGCUGAUUUUCUUGAUGAAACCAACUUCAUCUCCAUCAACCCACAUUCUCAAUUUGAGAAGAAAGAAGAGAAUGAUCAAGAGAAGAAGGAGAGGGAGAAGGCCAGAGCUGCAGAGUUUGAGUUUCUCUCCAGCAAUGUCAGCAGCCAUGCCAUGUUGACCGCUGAUGAGCUUUUCUUUGAGGGGAAGCUCCUUCCCUUUUGGCAAAUGCAGCAUUCUGAGAAGCUGAACAAGAUCAGCCUAAAAACAAAAGAUGCAGAAGGAGAAGAGGUUGCCAAGGAGGAGAGUAGGGUAAGUUGGUUUGUUGAUGAUGACCCAUCUCCAAGGCCACCAAAGUGCACUGUUUUAUGGAAAGAGUUGCUGAGGUUGAAGAAGCAAAGAGCUUCUUCUUUAUCUCCAUCUUCUUCUUCCUCUUCAACAUCUUCUUCUUCUAGCUCACUGGCCGAUGUUGCCACCAAAGAAGAUGGGAAAGAAGGAUCGGGAAACAGAGAGAAGCAUGUGAAGAGGAUUAAGAAAGGGUUGGAAAAGACAAGAUCAGCAAGUAUAAAAAUUAGGCCAAUGAUAAAUGUCCCCAUUUGCACGCAAAUGAAGAGCAGCUCAUUGCCUCCUUUGUUUCCCCUGAAGAAAGGAAGAUAAGAAAGGUAAAAAAUGGUUAUCAAGAGAGAGCAAAGAUAGUUGAAUUUGAUUUGAUUUUUAGGGUUGUUCAAGAUGUUUAUUUGUUUCUUAUUUCUUUCAUCUCAUCUUCUUCUUCUUCUUCUUCUUCUCUACUUUUUUUUUUUUCCUUUUGUGUUAAGAUAAAUCUUGAGUUUUAUGGAUCUGAUGAUUUACAAUGUACAUGCCGACUGGUUUAAUUAGAUAUCAACGAAAUAACCAUGUACUGAUAUUAACUUCCAUCACAUAAAAUAGAACUUGAAUU